GAUCUCUGGCUGGUGAUGGAAUACAUGGAUGGAGGAACUUUGCAGGACGUUGUCAGACAGACACGCAUGGCUGAAGGAGAGAUGGCAGCUGUCAGUCAGGAGUGUCUGCAGGGCCUGGAUUUCCUCCAUUCCAACCGGGUGAUCCACAGAGAUCUGAAGAGCUCCAACAUCCUUCUGGGAAUGGACGGCUCUGUCAAGCUGGCUGAUUUUGGCCUCUGUGCUCAGCUCAGCCCUGAGCAGGACCAGUGCAGCUCCAUGGUGGGCACUGCUCACUGGAUGGCCCCAGAAGUUGUGACCAGUUCUCCUUACGGCCCCAAGGUGGACAUCUGGUCCUUUGGCAUUGUGACCAUCGAGAUGGUGGAAGGAGAACCUCCUUACUUCCAGCAAACGGGGGCCAUGGUAAGAGGCAAAUUCUCCAGGCUUUGCAGAGGCCUGUGAGCACAGGGUGACCCUGCACUGGGAGGAGCAGCUGGAGGUUUCUGCACAUCGCAAAGGGAAUUCCCACAGCACCUGAGCCUGAACACAGACAAAUAUUCUGCAGUCUCCAGCAACAAUUUGCUUUGGCAUUUAAGUUGUUGCAGCUCUUGUGAGGAUCACCCAAAUACAUGAAGCAAGUGCAUCAGCUCUAAUGUUGUCUUGCAGAAAACCCCAAACCAACCCCAACACCCACACCCAAACCCAACAAGAUUUCUGGAGGAGUUUCUAAAAGAGGUUUUGUGAGAUGAACUCCCCCUGGCUCUUCUCACUGGGAAACUUGUCUAAAACAUGAAGAUGAUUGUUUAACAUCCCCACACUCUAACAUAUUUCUUUCCUUCCUUUUACUUUCUCUGUGUCACCAAGCCUGAGCUUUCAGCCACACAAACCUGCUGUUCCUUGCCUGGCAGUUUCUGGCAUGGGGCAUCAGGAAUGCUUUUACUUGAGGGUCAGUGGCACUGCAGAGAUGCAUUUGAUGUAAGAAUCCCUUGAAAUAACACAGGCAGACCACACUGACUCUUGAAAAUGGCCUGUAAAGCUGGUGUCUGUAUUUGGAGAAGCAAAAUGGGCUAUUUCUGAUGGAGGUUCCUACUGACAAAGUCAGCCAAUGCAAUCGGCUCUGAAGGCAAGAUCAUUUGGAUGUUGCAAUGGCUGUGGCUG